GAUACUGAGCAAAUACUUGCUUGGUAGAAUAGCUCUACCCCUUUGAGCCUUCAGUGUUUAGUACCUUCUCCGUGUUGCAACUCACACGAGGAGCCCGACAUGGUCUCCUUCACGUGCGAUGCCUGUGGGCAGACUAUUCGUAAGAACAAAGUGGAGAAGCAUUACCAACAGGAGUGUAGGGGUUGCAGUGUUCUGUCGUGUCUCGACUGCGGAAAGGACUUCGUUGGAGAAGCCUACGUGCAACACACAUCCUGCAUCACUGAGGCGGAGAAGUACCAGGGUGCGCUUUAUCAGACGCCGAAGGGUGGCAAAGUGCCCAAAGGCCAACAGAAACAGGACGAGUGGCUGGAGCGUGUGCAAGCAGCUGCCCAAAAGCCCGGUACAACACCGCAACUGCGUUCACUACUUGAGAAGAUCACGGGCUACCCGAAUGUGCCAAGAAAGAAGGCAAAGUUUCAGAACUUCUGUCGCAGCAGUCUCCGGGUAAACUCAACUCAGAUAUUGGACCAGCUCUGGGAGGUGUUCUCCGAGGCAGCCAAUCCGCCAGCUGCUAGUCCGGACACACCAACUGCUGACAACACUAAGAGCCAGGCAACUCCAACAAAGAGAAAAGCAGCAGCCAGUAGCAGCAGUAGCAGCAGUGACUCAAGCUCAGAGUCUGACGACGGAGAAGAGCACAAGAAGAAGCCUGCUGCCGUCAAGCGGAAAUCGAAAGGCGACACUGCCGUGCCAGCUUCCAAGAAAAGCAAGAAAGCUCACUCCAGUAGUAGUAGUAGCAGCAGCAGUAGCAGUAGCAGUGACUCUAGCUCCGACUCCGAGAGCGAAGCAGAAACAAAGCCUGCAGCGAUGGCAGCGAAGCCCAAAUCCUGUCAAGCAAACGGAGUUAAGUCAAGCACAAAGUCAACCAAGAAGUCUGACAGCUCAGGCAGUUCUGAAUCCAGCUCUGAUUCCAAUGAUAGUGAUGACGGUGAUGAUGCUUCAUCGUUGGAUCCUGCUCUCGAUAAGUUCCGAAGCAUUGCGCGCGAACUGGAAGCAGACGUCAAGGAUAAAGGUACUGGUUUCCCAUGGUGCUAUACUAUUUUGCUGUCAGCCCAUAGUUUGGCAAUGUCAUCUCACACCGCAGUGGCAGUACUUACUGUUGACGACUUAGAGAAACAGGUACUAGAGGCAGCACUUACCGCCAGCGACACACUGACAAUUGAGGACGCCCGGGCAGGAUUCCGCUCCAACCUAGAGCAGUGCCGGCCUCAUUUUGCUAAAAUGUGUAGCUGAAGUGCACAGGCACACGAUGCCACUAGAUUGUGACCUUUUUCAAGUUUGCUACCCACGUUGAGGCAACAACAACGAUGACGACAACGACAACAACACAGCAUUAUGUACGGUCAAGGUGUGGCCAGGAAUUUCAACUCCGAGCUCACGUGCUACCUGUAUGUUGUGAUGGCCAGUAUGUCUAUCGUAUGCACAAGAGCGGACUGGUGUGGUGCACCAGUGCAGUUGGCUGGAGGUGUAGAGCAUUGCUACCUGCAUUGCUAUCUGCACAGCCACUGUUAGCCAAUAUUGGCCAGCCCCAGUCAGCUGCGGUCAGCACAGUCCCUAUGAACAUACACCAUGUGUGCAGUUCCUCUUCUCUACGCUAAACUACUGUGUCUAGGCAUGUUGACCAGGCUCACUGCGCCGGCUCACUGCUCAGUGUUUACUUUGUAUGCACUAGCCACAUUCUUGCCACCUGACCACUGGCUUUGCUCAAGCGUCUCAUGAAGCGGAUCAUCGCUGAGUUUCUUUCCUACAGCUAUAGUGAUGAUAGCUACUAAUCGUUGCCUUCCCUGAUUAGUGUACAUCACAAUCCCACUGGUCACAGCGUUAUCCAGUUUUCUGGCCAUCAAAUACAGUAGUGUGUUGCUACGGCUCUUUUUCGGCACCUCAGCUAGUUUCUCAGAGCUCUUUUUCUAAAUGUUCAAGUAUUCAGCUGCAUUGUGGCGUACUGUACUACUAUACCGUGGCAUUGUCGAAUUACUCUGUGCAGUCUUGUGCUAGGAAUGGUAUAAUAAUAUUUAUGCUGCUGCCCGCUGUGCACACUGAUGAAUGAAUGCUUUCUUCAUAUUCACGUCAGCACUGA